AUGUUCUCUCCCGGAACGAGGAAAUCGAAUUUCAGCGCUCGAAAGGAACGUAGUACUCUAGGUCGCGUACCCACUGAUUCGCCUAUAACACCUCUCACAGAGAAUCGAAGAUCGCUUCCUGACAAUUCAAUUCCUAACCGCCCUAGCACCGGCACUCCUGCUCCAUGGGCCUCUCGCCUCUCUGUUCUCGCCAGAAUCCCUCCAGUGAAGAAAAGUGAGAAAGGGGGUGAUAUAGAUCCCGUUCAGCCUGUCUAUGUUGCCGAGUUUCCCCAAGUGGUUCGUGAUGAACAAGCUAUUUUUCUGCAGAAGCGUGCUCCUGGUGAUGCCUGCAUCUCUGGUGGAAUGGACAAGGAGAGCUCCCUGACAUGGAUUAUAUGUGGAAGUAGACUCUUUAUAUGGAGUUUCUUAUCAUCCGCUGCACCAAGAGAAUGUUUUACUCUUGAUCUUCCUUCAAGUAUAUUAGAAAUUGGUGAUAUGACUACAAAUUCAGGUCAUGGAAACAUUUGGUUACUAUGUGUUGUCAAUUGGGAUAGCACUCGUAAAAGCACGGACAAGGUUGCUCAACAAUGCAACCCUGCCGGUAUCGUUUUGUGUAAUCGGAAAACUCGAGCUCUUAUAUACUGGCCAAACAUCUAUUCUGAAGGUAAUACCACUCGCGUUAUGAGUCUUGCAUCUACAGAUGAAUUUCAGUUGAGUUUUUCACCUGGUGAUGGUAAAACGACGACAAACAAGCAGCGACAACAUAGCAGGCCUGGAAAUAGUUCAACUGGAUCUAGUUCUUUUAACUCUUUGAUUGCUUCUGCAAUGCCUGAUCCUGAUUGCCCUUACAUUUGUGUUGCUCUUGCAUGUAGUUCCAAUGGUGAGCUUUGGCAGUUCCUCUGCAGCCCUUCUGGAAUUCAGCGUAAAAUAAUUUAUCACGAUAUGUUAAGUCCAUUUCCUCAAGGCAGUGAUGGUAGACAACUUAUGGGUGGCAAAGGCUAUCCAAGGUCGUUGAUUUGGCAUUAUGACCAUCAUCCUUUAGAGGAACCUAGAAGACAAUUCCUUCUAUUGACAGAUCAUGAGAUACAGUGUUAUGCUGUUAAACUUUCUCCUGAUUCUUCUGUAUCAAAGCUCUGGUCCCAAGAAAUAAUUGGCACUGGUGGUGAUUUGGGUAUCCAGAAGGAUCUAGCUGGUCAGAAGCGAAUCUGGCCUCUUGAUCUGCAAAUUGGCAAUCUUGGCAAAGAAAUUACUAUCCUUAUUGCAAUCUUCUGCAAGGAUCGGGUCACCACUUCAAGCUACACAGAAUAUUCUCUUCUGACCAUGCAAUACAAAUCAGGUGUGAAUUUCUCCCUAGAGCGUAUUGAGCCGAUACACGGGAGGGUUUUGGAGAAAAAAGCUCCGAUCCAAGUGAUAAUACCAAAAGCAAGAGUUGAAGACGAGGACUUCUUAUUUUCUAUGCGAUUGAAGGUGGGUGGCAAGCCUUCUGGUUCAGCAAUUAUACUCUCCAUUGAUGGGACUGCAACAGUCUCACAUUACUGGAGAAACUCUACCCGACUUUAUCAUUUUGAUCUACCUUAUGAUGCGGGAAAAGUAAUGGAUGCUUCAGUUAUCCCUUCUUUAGAUGAUGGUGAAGAUGGAGCCUGGGCUGUACUCACUGAGAAAGCUGGAGUAUGGGCAAUUCCUGAGAAGGCUGUUUUACUUGGUGGAGUUGAACCGCCUGAACGAAGCUUGUCGCGCAAAGGGAGCUCCAAUGAAGGAUCUGCACAGGAGGAGAGAAGAAACUUUUCAUUUGCUGGUAACAUUGCUCCUAGAAGGGUUAGUUCCGAAGCUUGGGAUGCUGGUGAUAGACAAAGGGCAGUUUUCACUGGGAUUGCUCGUCGAACUGCUCAAGAUGAAGAAUCAGAAGCUUUACUGAAUCAUGUAUUCCAUGAUUUUCUUUUAUCGGGGAAGGUUGAUGGUGCACUUGACAAACUUCGACAUUCUGGAGCAUUUGAAAGGGAUGGAGAAACAAAUGUAUUUGCUAGAAUAAGUAAAUCAAUUGUUGACACCCUAGCUAAACAUUGGACAACAACCAGGGGUGCUGAGAUCGUGGCUCUGGCUGUUGUGUCCUCCCAACUCGUGGAGAAGCAGCAGAAGCAUCAAAAGUUUCUCCAGUUUCUUGCUUUAUCCAAGUGCCAUGAGGAACUGUGCUCGAGACAGAGACAGUCUUUGCAAAUUAUCAUGGAGCAUGGGGAAAAGCUUGCUGGCAUGAUUCAACUAAGGGAGCUGCAAAACAUGAUCAGCCAGACCCGUUCAGCCGUCUCUCCUUAUUCUACUUCACAAAGUGAAAUUUCUGGUGCUCUUUGGGAUCUGAUUCAAUUAGUCGGUGAGAGAGCACGUCGGAAUACUGUUCUUCUAAUGGAUAGGGAUAAUGCUGAAGUAUUCUACAGCAAGGUUUCAGAUCUUGAGGAAGUAUUUUGUUGUUUGGAGAGACAACUUGAAUAUAUUAUUAGUGUGGAGAUGCCAUUUGAAGUUCAGUUCCAAAGAGCUUGUGAACUCUCAAAUGCAUGCGGGACUUUAGUUCGGAUGACGAUACAAUACAGAAAUGAGCAUCACAUUUGGUAUCCCUUGCCUGAGGGCUUAACACCAUGGCAUUGUCAAACUGUUGUACGAAGUGGACUGUGGAGCAUCGCAUCUUUCAUGCUUCAGCUGUUAAGUGAAACAUCUCAUCUCCAUAAGUCUGCAAAAUUGAAUUUUCAUUCGCACUUAGAAGCACUGGCUGAUGUACUACUGGAGACAUAUUCAGGUGCUAUUACAGCUAAACUUGAGCGUGGAGAAGAACACAAAUACCUACUAAAUGAGUAUUGGAAGAGGAGAGAUGCACUCCUUGACUCCCUUUAUCAGCAAGUAAAAUCUUUUGUCCAACCCACAUACCAGGAUUUAAGUGGUGGAACUGACGAGCAAAACGAGGAGAUUGUUAAAGAGCUUUCUUCAAGUAUAUUGUCUAUUGCCAAACGACAUGAAGGCUAUCAAACUCUCUGGAAUAUAUGCAGUGACCUCAAUGAUUUUGAGCUCCUCAGAAAUCUCAUGCAUGAGAGCAUGGGACCUAAAGGAGGGUUUAGUUACUUCGUCUUUCAAAAAUUGUGUGAUAACAAACAAUUUUCAAAGCUUAUGAGACUUGGGGAAGAGUUUCAGGAAGAGCUAGCUACUUUUUUAAAGCAGCAUCAAGAUCUUCUGUGGCUUCAUGAAGUUUUCCUUCAUCAGUUUUCCUCAGCUUCCGAAACUCUUCAUAAAUUGGCUAUUUCUCAAGCAAAUAGCUCAAUUUCAGCAACUGAGGAAGGGUUUGAGUCUGAUGAAUCUUAUUUAAAAUCAACAUUGGCAGACAGAAAGCGUCUUCUGAAUCUCUCAAAGAUUGCUGCGGUUGCAGGUGUUUUUUCCUAUUCUUCAGCUAUUACGAUAUAUCACUGUGGCAGCUUUUCCCUUGUUCAAGUUAUCAUGUUGUUACUUUUUCUGUUUGCCUUUGUGUAG